AAAUCGAAAUCGAUGGGUGAUAGUCGUCUUCUCCGAAGCUCCGUCGUCGUUAUCGGGAUUACCUUGCUACAUUUACUUGCUUUCUCCUCCCUUGUUUCAUCUGAUGAACUUCUAUUCGUUGUGGGAGAAACUGGGGCGCUUCAAGUGACACCUAGUUUAGAGGUGAAGGCAUCUCCUGGAUUGAAGCCAGAGAGAACAUCUCUAUGUGAGAGGAUACAUAUCCAUGGACUUCGAAGGUUCAAGCAUUUGGACAAGUACGCACACUCACUCAAGUUGAUUGUUAACUCGUCAACUGCUGGGAAAACAAGCAAUUUCGAUGUUUGCUUCCACAGGAAUUUGUCGCGUGCAAUUGGAAUGUGCCCUACUAGCCGAUGGGAGAAAGUCUCAAAGGGUUCGUGGGUUCAGACAAUGUCACCCUUCGACCACAAAAUACUUGAUGUAAGAACAGCUAGCUCAUCCAAGGCCACUAUGGAACUGUCUGCUGUAGAAGAAUUCUUUAUGUACCGCAUAGUAUUUUUGAUACUCGGUACCGUUUUGCUGGCUUCGGCUUCGACGCUGAGCAACUCAUUAGCGUUUUACUACAGUAGCGCCAUGGCUGUUGGCAUUAUCCUUGUUGUGCUGCUUGUCCUCUUUCAGGGGAUGAAGCUUCUACCAACUGGGCGGAGUUCGUUUGCAUUGUUCAUAUACUCGACACUGCUCGGUUUAGGCGGUUUCCUUCUGCGCUACAUACCUGGUUUGUUUCAAAGCCUGCUAACCGAGAUGGGAAUCGACGAAGAAAUGUACACCCCUGUGGCGAUAUUUGUCGGGGUGUUUCUAUCUUUGGGUGGAGCAUUUUUUGGAUUUUGGACUGUGAGGAAACUGGUUCUGACCGAAGAUGGCUCGAUUGACAUUAGCACAUCGCUCUUUGUUUCUUGGUCCAUCCGUAUUUUGGCUGCCGUUUUGAUCCUUCAGAGUUCUGUAGAUCCUUUGUUAGCUGGAGGAGCACUGAUAUCUGUGAUUCUUCUGUCAUCGAGUUUAAAGAAGAUGAUCAGAUUGAAGUUCCUACUACGCUUAUAUGAGAUUGCAACGAACCUGCUGCUAGGAAUCUGGGAGGCGAUUCGUUAUGCUGAAGUACCAGCUGUCCCUGGAUAUCUCCAUGACUUCUUGCAAAAGAGCCCUGAUGCUUCUGAAUCUGGCAACCGUGUUACUUUUGCUUCUCCAUCAGGAGGGAUCAACGGGAUGCGACAGUCACCACCGUCUGAAUCAGAUACAUUCCCUUCCUCUUUCCAUAAAACUCCUGAGAGGAACAAACUCUCAAAAGAAGAGUGGAAGAAGCUCACAAAGGAAAGCACGACAAAGGCGGUUAAAGAAUUGGUUUCGUCACCUGGUUUUAGCAAAUGGGCAGGAGCAAAUGCUGAUAGGAUCAAUGUAACUCCAAGAAAAGGAUCCGGUAGCAAAGAGCGGCCACGGAAAUGGCUGCCUUGGUUCUGA